AUGGAGAAAACUACAGAUACAAUUCCUCUUACUAUGAAUUCUUCAGAAGAACAAGGGACUGUGUGUAUUUUUGGAACUGGAGAUUUUGGAAGAUCACUGGGACUUAAAAUGCUCCACUGUGGUUAUUCUGUUGUUUUUGGAAGUCGAAAUCCCCAGAAGUCCAGUCUGCUGCCCAAAGGUGCAGAGGUCUUGAGCUAUUCAGAAGCAGCCCAGAAAUCUGACAUCAUAUUCCUAACAAUCCACAGGGAGCAUUAUGAUUUUCUCACAGAACUAACUGGAGUUCUCAAUGGCAAAAUAUUGGUUGAUGUCAGCAACAACCUCAAAAUCAAUCAGUACCCAGAAUCUAAUGCAGAGUACCUUGCUCAGCUGCUGCCAGGAGCUCACGUAGUAAAAGCAUUUAACACCAUCUCAGCCUGGGCUCUCCAGUCAGGAGCACUGGAUGCAAGUCGGCAGGUGUUUGUCUGCGGAAAUAACAACAAAGCCAAGCAAAGAGUGAUGGAUAUUGUUCGUACUCUUGGACUGACGCCAUUGGAUCAAGGAUCUCUCAAGGCAGCCAGUGAAAUUGAAAACUACCCACUGCAACUAUUUCCAAUGUGGAAGUUCCCCUUCUAUUUGUCUGCCGUUCUGUGUGUCUUCUUCUUUUUCUACUGUGUUGUAAGAGAAGUAAUUUACCCUUAUGUUUAUGAAAACAAAGAUAACACAUUUCGCAUGGCUAUUUCCAUUCCAAAUCGUGUCUUUCCAAUAGCAGCACUUACACUGCUUGCUUUGGUUUACCUCCCUGGUGUUAUUGCUGCCAUUCUGCAGCUGUACCGAGGUACGAAAUACCGCCGAUUCCCAGACUGGCUUGACCACUGGAUGCUCUGCAGAAAGCAGCUUGGCUUGGUAGCACUGGGAUUUGCCUUCCUUCACGUCCUCUACACACUUGUGAUUCCUAUUCGUUAUUAUGUACGAUGGAGGUUGGGAAACCAAACCACUACCCAGGCAAUAUCCAAGAAAGAAAAUCCAUUUAGUACCUCUUCUGCCUGGCUUAGUGAUUCAUACGUGUCCUUAGGAAUUCUUGGAUUUUUCUUGUUUGUGCUCUUGGGGAUCACUUCCUUGCCAUCAGUUAGCAACGCGGUCAACUGGAGGGAGUUCCGAUUUGUCCAGUCCAAACUGGGUUACUUGACCUUGAUCUUCUGCACAGCCCACACUCUGAUAUAUGGCGGAAAGAAAUUCCUCAGUCCUUCGAUUCUCAGAUGGUGUCUUCCUUCAGCCUACGUGAUAGCACUCAUCAUUCCUUGUACCGUGCUAGUGCUCAAGUUCAUCCUUAUCCUGCCAUGUGUCAACAAGACUCUCACAAGGAUCCGCCAGGGCUGGGAAAGACACUCAAAAGUCUCAAAUUGGCAUUGA